AGCUGGUGAAAGUGACUAAUUAGUUACUGCACUAGAGCCAGAAAAAAUGAUAGCUAGCCAAGUAAUGUUACAACAGAAAACAGCUGCAUAAAUCAACAGUUAAUUGGCUAGCUAGAUAAUGAAUGAGCAUAUGGUUGACUAGUGCACUCAUUCAUCGAAAGAGGGUAGGCCUGGUGUGUCUGCACACUGCGUACUUUACACAGUCAUUAAAUGUCACUUUACUAGUUUAUUUUUAAUUUCAUUGCAAAAGCACCAUGCCUGCUGCCUCUAAAGGGAACUGGCUGUUGGCCUCAUUAAAAUCAAGGAAGAAAAGACAGAUGAAAAGACAUAUUACUGAAAAUUUUAGCACUAUCGCUUUCCAGGUUGCUGCAUUUUAACAAACACCUUACCCCCAAUAGUGUCAGGAAAUAUGUUUGAUACCCUUGUGAUGAUGUACACCAUGGAACAGAGAAACUGCCAAAGUCUGGGCUACAUUACUAUGCAUGUGUCCCAGCAGGCCCAGCACCAGGAGAAAAUCUUACAAAGUCAUAUCUUAAAAAAAUGUAAUAAAUACUAUGUAGACAUCAGGCUAUAAGGAGACAACUGGGGGUGCACUGAGGCCUGUCUGGGGGGUGCAAUGCAGCCCUAAGCACCCCCAUAGCGCCAGGCCUGUGUCCCAGUAACUUCAUACUGGAUUGAGAAAGUGACCACAUGCAGUUUGUGAGAUAGUAGGCCUACAGUAAGUAUGGCAGUGUACACAGCAUACAAAAAGCAACAAAAAUUCAGAUAUGCUAUCAAAAAAUCAAAAUGAUGAUGAAUGGCCAUCUUAAAACAAGCAUUUAUUUCUCUGCAUUCUAUAGGCCUAUAGCACUUCACAACAAAUAGGCCUAGCGAAUAUCUCAAAUGAGCUUAAUUGUGGGCUACAAUGAAAAUUGUGGGCUACAAUUCAAAGAUGAAUAUGGUUUACGAUUUAGUGUAAGGAUCCCUUACACCCUAAAAUAUUUUUCAAGUAAUAAAACCUUAACUGAAGAGCGUCGGGCCUCGCGAAACGUUAUUUACGUUCCUUAGAUUCUUUUCGCAUUCUCCUGCUGCGCUGGGGCGGCCGCGAUAGGUCGACAGAAACCUCGGAGGAGCCUUUUUCCCCCCCUCUUCUAAAUUUGUGUGACGCGACGGCAUGUUGCUAUGACAGCUGGCUCAUCGGCUCCACCCAUUAGCCUGGGCCAUGUGGCUCUUCCUCCGUGUGUUGUGUUUUAAGGAAAAGGAGUCGGAGAGCCGCCUUCGAGGAUCGUAUAGGGGAUGUGUGGCGAGGAAAUCUACCCGAAGAAGACAACGUAAGCGUGAAACCGGACAUUUGCCAAAAAGAUUAAUGGUUUGAUAGACGCCUUAAGUUAUCUCGAAAUCCAUCUGGAAAAGGUACGGCAAGGAAGACGACAACCCAAGAAUGGGCAGGAGAGAAGCCGGCGACAGCAGCACCAUGAGUACGAGCGAACGGACUGAGCUGGAAAGCCUGCAAGGCAUCGUGUCCUCUAACCACUGCUCGGGUUUGGAGAGGAGCGUGAGCGCAGAUACGCGACCUGAAACGGUUAAGAAGAGCUCGCCACAACCCAUACGAACUCCGGCAGUGGUGAAAAAGCACCAACACAAACACAAUCUGAAACACAGGUACGAUGUGCUGGAAACGCUAGGAAAGGGGACCUACGGCAAGGUGAAGAAAGCGUUGGAGCGUGGAACUGGAAAGACAGUGGCCAUCAAAUCUAUCCGGAAGGAACGCAUCACCGAUGACCUGGACAGAGUGCACAUCCAGAGAGAGAUUGAAAUUAUCUCCUCCCUCAAACACCCCAACAUCAUCCGCAUCAAUGAGGUAUUUGAGAGCAAGGAUAAGAUUGUGAUCGUGAUGGAGUACGCCAGUCAGGGAGAGCUGUAUGACUACGUCAAUGAGAGACGGCGGCUGCCGGAGACAGAGGCCCGUGAGAUCUUCAGGCAGAUCACUUCUGCCGUGCAUUACUGCCACAAGAACGGCAUUGUCCACAGAGAUCUGAAACUGGAGAACAUCCUACUGGACCAGGACUUAAACGUCAAGCUGGCAGACUUUGGCCUGUCCAACCACUACCAGAGAGGCCAGCUGCUGCAGACCUACUGUGGGAGCCCCCUGUAUGCAUCUCCUGAGAUUGUCAAGGGACUACCUUACCAGGGGCCAGAGGUAGACUGCUGGGCCCUGGGUGUGCUGCUUUAUGCACUGGUGUAUGGGAGCAUGCCCUUUGAUGGAGCCGAUUACAAGACACUGACAGAGCAGAUCAGCCAGGCCCGAUACAGACGGCCUCACCCACCCUCAGAUGCCUGUGCUCUGAUUGACUGGAUGCUGACCGUUAAGGUGGAGGACCGGGCCACAGUGGAGGAUAUUGCCAACCACUGGUGGGUGAACUGGGGCUUUGAGGAGCCAGUGUGCGACUGUCAGUGGAGUCAAGACUGCCCCUCGCCCCUGCUUGCCCGCUACAUCGACUGGCAGAACAGGGCACCGUGUGAUGCCCACUCCGUUCGCCCCAGCUCCGACCUCCAGUUCUACUUCAGCUUCCCGCUGAAGCCCGCUUCCUGCAGGCCCCGGGGGACUGCCUGCCUCAAGAAGUCCCGCAAAGAGAAUGUCAUCUCACAGCCCGCUGUGGGCACCACCCCUGUGGACACUGCUACGGGCACUGCCACAGGCACCACAGAUAAAAAGAAACCCAAGGGAAUCCUCAAACCCCAGAGCAGCUUUGACACCGCCUUCCUGCCUCACCAUGGUGCAGUAGAGAACUUUACCCAGGUCUGCGGUGGCAUACGACAAGAAUAUCAGGCAACCACAGUGUACCAGACUGGUCCACAAUCCCUUCCUUCUUACUGCCAGCCAUCCUCCAAAAUGCCAAAGAAAGGCAUCCUGAAGAAGGUGUACGAGAGGGAGUCUGGGUACUCGUCUUCGCCCGAGCGAGGUGAGUCUGUGGAAAGCACGGAUGGCAGAGGCAUUGGCGAAGACUGCAAAAGCAGGCCACACAGGGAAGAGGGGUCUUUGCGGGGGGAGGUGGUGAGGAGGAGGAAGGGCAUUCUCAAGAGGAAUGGCAAGUUCUCCACCAGCCUUGAUCUGCCUGAUGAGCAAGCCAUCCCACUCCGUUUCCCUGAGUCCCUGCAGGAACUCCUCCUGUCCACUGGUGGCGCUGUGACUCCAGCGCAGCUAUUGGGUGAGGAGCUGCAGCAGCCUCAGCAGGGUAGUCGCACUUCCAGUCGACCACCCAGUGUUAUCAGUGAUGACAGUUUUCUGUCUAGUGACUCCUUUGACCUGCUGGACUUGGCUGCCCAUUCCCGCAGAAAGCUGUUUUCGCGGAGUGGCCAAUGCAGUGUCUACAGCUCUGAAGAGGAACUGGAGGACCAGGGCAUGGAUGGUCGGGGUCGAAGGGGUAGGCAGGAGGAGGAGAUCUCUUUAGAGGAAAGACAGGAGCUCCUUCGACAGGCCAGAGAGAUCAGCAAACAUUUAUAGUGGCAAAUCUUGGGGGCCGGCUCAAGUGUGUGCAGAUUUGAGUGAGACUGGAGGAGCAAGGGGAGGA